AUUACAUAUUAUAAAUUAUUUGAUUAAUUUAUCCAAUGUUCUUUUUUAUGUAUAUUGUUAUUUUAUCAAUACGUGGAAACACAUUCGCGGUGGAGUAUCUCGAUGUUACUUGUAUAUACAAUUGAUAUAUAAAAAAAAAGAUAUCUUUGACGAGGAAACAAUACAAUCUUAUUCUCGAUGUCAAAACGAAGAAGAAGAAAAAGCAUCAUCUGUGAAACGGCGUAAAAUGGACAACUGCAAGGUUUUGUUUUCCCCGACAGAUAAUAUUCUUAAUUCAGAUGUGAAUGUUGCAACGGAGGACAGCAAUUUGUCUCAUAACAAUAAAAGUAAUGUAUCACGAGGAGAUCUAUUACUAGAAAUUUUCCGGGAAAAUACUUCUCAAGAGAUAUUCAAUCUUGGAAAAGAGAUAAUUAAUCCAUUAAAUGAUAUACAAAAAGAAACGCAAGACUUGUCAUUAUAUAAAACAAAUAUGCACUAUAAAAAGUCUAAAGAAAAGAAUCGUACUGAGUCUGUAAAUACAGUUAAACUUGAUAAAGAAGUAAAGUUGGUUAGAAUAUUUCCCGGGCCAGCUGGCUUAGUACCAGAUGUUAAAAACAAUAAUAUUCCUGUUAUAUCACAUCUAAACAAAGUGAAAGAAUUAGAAAAUAAAACAGCAAUUAAACGUAUUGAGAUUAAGUCACAGGAUGAAAAGAAAUUGUUUGGAGAAAAAGCUUGGAAAUUUUUAUUCAAUGAUGUGUCGGAUGAUUUUUUCGAGGAGUAUAGAAUUUCCAUUAUUAAGAAGAAGGCAAAUGCUAACCAUUGCACUAGUAUGAAAGUGAGAUUUUUAGCAGGCAUAUUAGAUUAUAUAGAUCAUAGUCACGAUGAUCCAUUUAUUAUAUUAAAAGACUCAACAGGUAGUAUAGAAGGCACCAUUCAUCGUGAUAUUCUAUUAAAAUAUCCUGGUAUAUUAGAGCCAAAUGUAGUUAUUCUUUUACACGACGUAGGUUUGUUAAAAACUACAACAUACGUUAUAACAAAUAAAUAUCAUAUUCUAGUAUCCCAAAUAAACUUACUGGCCAUAUAUUCUGAUAAAGGUCGUAUUGUAAGUGCGUCUCAUAUGGAAAAUAUUUUAUCAAAUAUUGAAUUAAAUAAGGAUUAUUCUAUGUCAGUUUCAAAGCAAUGCGUCUCCAGAUUGCAAGGAAUAUAUGAAAAUUGUGAUAAGAUGUCGUCGCAAACUAAUUUUUCCAUUAAUAAUAAAUCAAUCAAGAAUUUCGAACCUACAUCGGUAAACGAUUCGAUAUUACAUGAAUCGGAUACUGAAAAUUGCAAAGAUAAAAUAUUCGAAAAUUCUAACUAUUCGAUAAGUAUGAAUACUUUAGGUACGAAUAAUAUUUUCUUAACUAGUGAUUGCGAAUUUAUAACUUUAAAAGAGCAAAAUUGCCUCGAUUCUGAGAGUAUUUCGCACAAUAACAAAAUCCCGCAAUGCGAAUUACAAGCGCGAAAUGUGAACCAUUUGGAAAAUGUGAGAAAAGAAUCGAUAAUAAAUUCUCAAAAUAAGAUAAGAGAGGAACAUUUAUCGCAAAGUUUGCAGAAAUGCGUCGCGGACGUAAAAAUAUUUAAUGCACAUUACUCGCGUGAAAGUUGUCUUUCAUCUUACAUUGAUAUAAUGCAUGAAGCGCAUAAAAAGGCAAAUUUUAAACCUAAUAUAAAACCUAUACUGCCGGGAAUAAAGCGUAAUUCGGAUAAUUCGAGAAUUUUGGUAAGUUAUUUUACUGAUGCUAACGAGUACGAUUCAGACGACGAGAUCUUAUCACAGUUGGACGUAGAUAAUGUCUGUAGUGAUUCUAAGAAAAAGUGCUGAAGGGAAAUGUAUUUUUAUGUAAAAAUAAAUAUUACACUCUGUUACAUCAAUAUUACAAUCGAGAUUAGAUUGAUCUGAUAGAUGCGUGCGAUUAGAUUUAGAUGAAUGCAACAUUAAUGUAACUAUUAUAAAAAAUAAAUUUACGCGCGAUGCGUUACUAUAUGUUAUGUAUAUUAUAUGCAAAAUGCAAAAUAAUUGAUUUGAUUUUCUUGUUAAAUAUAUGUAUUGUAUACUGUAAUGUAAAUGUACGAUAGAUUUUUUUCUAUUUCUAAAUUAGAGAGUUAUUGUAAAGAUAUUUGUAAAAUGAUAUUUAUAAUCUUAUCUUUCAGUUUGUAGAACAUUAUUUCAUCUGUCGUGUUGUAUAAUUAACGUAUGAUUUAUUCGGUUACGAGCGAUAGUAAAAGGGGAGACGUUUCAAUACCAUGUAAUAUAAUUUUACAAAUUUAAAAUACAUAAUACAAAGUAAAAAUAAUACAAGACACACACAACAUUGAGACAUACUGUAAUGUAAAUGUACGAUAAACAUUUA